AUGACGGUUGUUUGGCUCGUUGCGGUGACGGUGACGCCGACGGUUUCGGUGGUUCGCUCUCUUAUGGCGCAGACUUCGUCUUCUUCAUCCUCUUCUUCUUGGUUGUCGCCAGGCGGGAGGAUGGACAUGCCACCCCCGGAUGUUGGAUUGGGGCCUGGCGGUGGAUCGGGUUUCGGGCAAUUAAGUGUUGGCCAUGCACAAGGAGUGACGGGAAAGGAAAUCCUGGGUGGUGGUAGGCAAAUGAGGAGCUUGCGACCGCCUCCGUUGUCGCCGCCUCCGCCGCCGCCACCUCCACCUCCAUCUGCAAUGUUGCUAUUAUGGAGAUCGGAUUCAUUAGUAGAUGAUUAUUCUGGUCUGCUCGUAGUAGAUGAGCUGAUUUGA